AUGGCCGAAAAGUCCAACAUUCACCUCUACACGGCUCAGACGCCCAACGGUAUCAAGGCGUCGAUCGUUCUGGAGGAAUUGGGACUAAAGUAUGAGACUACAAACAUUGAAUUCAGCAAGAACACGCAGAAGGAGCCGUGGUUCUUGGAGAUCAACCCCAAUGGUCGCAUCCCCGCCCUUACGGAUACCUUUGAGGAUGGCAAGACCAUAAGACUUUUUGAGAGUGCCUCCAUCAUGCAGUACCUUGUGGAACGAUACGACAAGGACCACAAGAUCUCUUACCCCUACGGUUCGCGGGAGUACUGGGAGGUCAACAACUGGCUCUUUUGGCAGAUGGGAGGUCUCGGACCCAUGCAGGGUCAGCUGAACCACUUCAACCGCUACGCACCAGAGAAGAUCCCGUACGCCAUUGACAGAUACAAGAACGAGACGCGCCGGCUGUUCCGCACCAUGGACACGGCCCUCGAGUCCUCCAAGUCUGGCUACCUCGUCGGCGACAAAUGCACGCUGGCGGAUUUCUCGUGCUGGGGCUGGAUUGCUGCUGCAGCUGGUUCAGGCGUGAACAUUAACGAGUUCCCUGCUCUCAAGAAGUGGAGGGACCUCCUCCUUACCCGCCCGGGACUUGAGAAGGGUCGACACGUGCCAUCGACGCACAAGGCGCUGGAAUCCGAAAACCUGACCGAGGAGCAGAUUGCCGAGGCUGCCAAGAAGAAUGCCGGAUGGAUCCAGGCUGGCAUGAAGGAAGACAGAAAAUAA